AUGGACCGGAACAUCGUCUCCCGCUGCUGUGUGUUGCUGGCCCUGUGCGCGUCUGCAGAGGUCACUGAAGGUGGAUACUUGGAUGUUAUGCAGAGUGCAGUUCACCUCUCCUGUUCAGAAGGAUUUACAGAACUGGGCUACUAUAACGGCUCAGUUUCCCAAACGGACUCAGGCUCUCCCUGCCUGAAGUGGACAGACUUCCCAGACUACAUGCGUCAGUACCCGGGCCGAGGCCUAGGGGACCACAGCUACUGCCGAAACCCGGACCGAGAGGUUAACCCCUGGUGCUUCAUCAGGCAGAGCUCCGGGGCCAUCGGCUGGGCCUACUGCGACUGCCAUCAGGGUGCCGCCAGAUUGGCAGGGGGGUCAUCAGGCAACCGCGGGCGUCUGGAGGUCUAUCUGAAUGGCCAGUGGGGGGCAGUAUGUGACACACACUGGACUGACCGUGAUGCCAGCGUCAUAUGCAGACAGCUUGGACUGGGUGAGAUCGGGACAGCCCUGCAGCAUUCUUACUUCGGCCCGGGUUCUGUCUUCCACUAUGAGCGCCUGGGUUGCCGUGGGAAUGAGAAUUCCCUACUGGAGUGCCGGAGCAGGAAGUUUGUCACCAGCGACUGUAACCAUGGCAACGAAGCAGGGGUGGUUUGUGCUGAGCCUGAAGGCACUGGCAUCCCUUUGAGGCUGGUGGGAGGCCUGGAGGACUUUGAGGGCCGUGUGGAGGUGUACCGUGAUGGCAAGUGGGGAACCAUCUGCGAUGACCAGUGGGAUGACACUGAUGCUGAGGUGGUGUGCCGACAGUUGGGACUGGGGGGCGUGGCCAAGGCGUUUACAUGGGCCCACUUUGGCCAGGGCGUUGGUCCCAUCUUCCUGGAUGGGGUUCAGUGUUCAGGAAAUGAACUCUCUCUAGAGGAGUGUCCUCAUAACACCUGGGAGCAACACAACUGUGACCACAUUGAGGACGCAGGGGUGUCUUGCAACCCAUACACAGACGGUGCAGUUCGUCUGAUGGGAGCAGACAGCCGCUGGGAGGGUCGCGUGGAGAUUUAUCACCGGGGAGACUGGGGCACUGUGUGUGACGACAACUGGACUGAGCUCAACGCCCAGGUAGUGUGUAGACAGCUGGGCUUCAGGGGCCGAGCGAGGGUGGCUCCUGACGGGGUGUGUGAAGAAGGUCGCGGGCUGAUCCUGCUGGACGAGGUGCAGUGUCGGGGGACAGAGAACAGUUUACUGGCCUGCAGCCACUCUAAGUUGGGCCAACACGACUGCUCCCACAGUGAGGAUGUAGGUGUCCUCUGUGAGCGGGGAGGUGAUACCAAUGAGAUACCAGGCCUUUCCACUCCUAUUGGCCCUCUGGUGCGUUUGGUUGCUGGAGAGAGCAGAAAGGAGGGAAGAGUUGAGGUCUUCAUUAACGGCCGGUGGGGAAGCGUGUGUGAUGACGACUGGAAUGAUGUCAAUGCAGCUGUAGUCUGCAGACAGCUGGGAUUCACUGGUGCUGCUAAAGCUCGAUCCAUGGCGUACUUCGGUGAGGGUCAAGGUCCCAUCCAUCUAGACAACGUUCGGUGCUCGGGUACUGAGCUGUCCCUCGGUCAGUGUCCAGCCCUGGGUGAAGACAGUCAGGACUGUCGCCACAGUGAGGAUGCAGGUGUUAUCUGUGACUACACUCUGGAUCCCGUGGGAGAUGCCGCUGUGGCAAUGCAGACCUGCGGCAUGAGACUCAAUAACCAGCGUCGCCGACGCCGGAUCAUAGGAGGAGAUAAGUCACUGAGGGGUGAGUGGCCCUGGCAGGUGUCUCUGUGGCUCAGGUCUCAGUCUAAAGGAGGUCAUCCUCUGUGUGGAGCGUCACUCAUCAACUCCUGCUGGGUUGUGACCGCUGCCCACUGCUUCAAGAGGUUUGGCAGAGACCCGACCCGCUACGUGUUGCGCCUGGGUGACUACCAUACGGAGGAGCAGGAUGACUUUGAACGCACCCUGUCACCUGAACGCAUCGUUAUCCACAGAAAGUACCACAGUCAGGGCUGGGAGUAUGACAUCGCCCUGCUGCGGCUCAAAGGCACAGAGGGAAACUGUGUGGCAUUCAACCCUCACACCAGCGCCGUGUGUCUGCCAGAGCCGGGGAACAAGUGGGUGAAGAGGCCGGCUGCCUGUGUGAUCACCGGCUGGGGCAUCACAGACUCCGAGUACUCCCGGACCCUUCUCCAGGCCUGGGUCCCCCUGCUCCCAGCCUGGAGGUGUAAGAAGCGUUACAACGACCGCUUCACCAGCCGCAUGCUGUGUGCUGGGAGCCUGUCUGAGCGCCACCGUGUGGACAGUUGCCAGGGGGACAGUGGUGGUCCGCUGGUUUGCCAGGGGGAAGGGGGCCGUUGGGUGCUGACAGGGGUCAUCUCCUGGGGUCACGGUUGUGGCAACCCCUCAUUCCCUGGAGUGUACACUCGUGUUAGCAGGUUCCUGCGAUGGAUUGACAAGGUCACCAACAAGCCCUACAAAACCUGA